AGUCUUUGCGCCGCCAAGCCCUGCCUAAACAAUGGGACCUGCUAUAUGGGAUACACGGAGAAACAAUUCGUUUGUUUUUGCCUAACUGGCUACAGCGGAGAAACAUGCGAGAAAGGUAAACGUUUUGUUGAUGCCAAGUAUGUGCACCGUACAUUAUGCACCAGGCGUACGAAGUUCAUAAAAUCGAGAAACCCUGCCACUGAGAAAAAAAAAUCAUGCGCUUAUCUUAUAAUCAUUCUCAUAUCAUAUACGCUCGAUCGUCACCCUCAUAGAGAAGAAGGACAGGGAUACAAGAUUGAUAUUAAAAAAAAACUGGAGACCGUCAUCUCUCGUAAACGUAGCCGUUAAAAAUUAACAGGCUCAAAAGCUAUGGCAAAGAGAUUAGAAAAGAUCCUGCCAUAUGUAAUCCAUCAUGACCAAAAUGCAUCCGUGAAAGACAGAACGAUUUUUGAUGCAGUUAGAAUAAUAAGCGACAUCAUGGAUUAUACGAUGUAAUUACGUGAUCAAUUAAUGCAAAAGGCCUAUAACAUAACGGACCCUUUACAGCCUCGGGAGGUUUUGCAACAAAAGUAUUUCUAAUAAUAGACCCGGUGGAAAAACGAAUUAUGGCAAACGACUGGGGAACUUAAGCACAGGCAUUUUUGAGCGGGCACAUCCACCGGAACUGAGGCUUUAAUAUGCCUCAGGCCCCAGUUGUUUAAAAGGUGGUAAUGCUAUCCACCAGAUUAAUCACUAUUAACUGGAUAACACAAUUGGUUUCCCUAACUUUUAUCCAUCGGAUGGUGAUUUAUCCGAUGGAUAGCGCUAUCCAACUUUUGAACAACUGGGACCAGGACGCUACCAAAUUUGUGUAGAUACGAUACGUACGAAGAUUUGGGCACAAACUUUUGGGCAAAAACUCUGCCCAAGAAUACAGAAAUUCCACUUCAGUUUGAAGUGCGUCUAUCAAAAACGUCUUUGCUUUAGCUCCUGUUGUGAAUCUUCUCUCGGCAGUUGCGUCAUGCAGCUAUUUAAAACAGAGCGACCCUACAGCAGAAAGUGGAAAUUACAUCAUUGAUCCAGAUGGCGAGGGAGCUUUGGCACCAUUCUCAGUGUAUUGUAACAUGACAGACAAGAAUGGUGUUGGCGUGACAGUCAACAGUCACGACAGUGAGAGUAGAACACUUGUGACAGGUUAUGAUUCCCCUGGGAGCUACUCACGUGACAUUCACUACACUGGAGCGAGUCUGUCUCAGUUGGCGAGUCUCACCAGUGUCUCUUCACACUGUGAGCAGUUUAUCAAGUAUAAGUGUUAUCAUUCCGUGCUAUUCAGGGACCGUGGACAUGCUUGGUGGGUGUCACGUGAUUCUGCUAAGAUGACGUAUUGGGGUGGAGCAUCACCUGGCAGUGGUAAGUGCGCAUGCGGGAUGAACAACACGUGUGCAGACUCUAAACUUGCCUGUAACUGUGAUAAGAACGACAAAAAAUGGCGUGAAGACAGCGGUCUCUUGACUGACAAGACAAAGCUUCCGGUAAUACAGCUUAGGUUUGGAGACACUGGUGACAAGGUGUAUAACGAGCAGGGAUACCACACUCUGGGGAAAUUAAAGUGUUAUGGUAGGGCAUAA